GCUCGAUACAUCGUAGUCUUGUGUCUGACUUCUACUUGUGACUCGGAGGGCGAGGUUUCUAUGUCCUCUGACACUCGACACCGUCAGAUCGGUACGGAUCCCCGUUUUUCUGAUAUCCUCCGCCUUGAACCACCAGACUCUCGUGAUAGAGCUGUUCCAAUAGGUCAUUUGCUACGUUUAUAUUGGGGAUUUCUAGCAUACUAUGCUUUGGCCUCAGCUGACGAAAUCAAUUCGCUUCCUUUUGCUAGACCGAGGACUUUCCAUUGUCUUCAGACUAUAUUCGGCUGGGACUCCAGUCGAAAGGCUAACGUGUAUGUGGUUGCGAUCGUGUAACCUAAUUGCGGCGCACACAUAUCAUGUUUUAGUCCAGAGUUAGAAGGUCGAGUUUGAAUCAAUGUUCACCUGAUUAAUGAAGCAUUAUAAAUACC